AGCUAUCUGAGCUUCAACACUCAACCGAGGAACCGAAUAAUCUGCCUUCGAUAACAACACACACGGGUUACUGAACAUUUCCUCCCCAAUAGUCGCUUUUAUCGAACGCAGUGUCGCGUUUUGAACGUACAUACAUACACGCUCUAGGCGACGGGCCAUUCACUUUCGUUUCGUCGGGGUAGUCGUACGAUGCGUCGCAAGACGCGAAGAGGGUUGAAGCGGAACGCGCAGCCGCGCUGACCAUUGUCCGGCCGCUAAACCGCUUGUCGCGGUUUCUUCUCACACUUUCACGAUCGAGGGGACGAAAUCAACGGCGUGAACCGCAAAGAGGUAUACUAUUUGGUGAACCCAGUGGAAAACACAAUCAAUCAAAAUAAGAGGAUCACGAGUUGCAAACGGGGAGUCCGCGAUGGAGAAGCCCGAGUCCUCCAACGGGGAUGAGAGCAACGUGGAGCUUGAGGAUCGGGAUCCCAACAGCUUGAACAAGCAUCUUCAGGUGAUGUGGGAUGACGUGAUUGGGGAACCGGAAGGAAUACGCAGUCCAGAGUGCGCGUGGCGACUAAGUGGCCACUGCUUCCGGUUAUCCAGAAGUUGUUGUUACGUGUUUCUCUCCGUCCUUAUAGCACCGCUACUAGCUCUUUGUUUCGGUUUCACCUUUGCCUGCCUCGCGUUUCAGCAUAUAUGGUGUAUGGCGCCAUGUCUCCGCGUUUGGAAGAUCACCUGCGCAGCGACAAGAAAUUUCCUCGCUUCUGCCACACAGGCCAUCGUGAGACCAGUAAUGGAUUCACUUGGCUAUCUGUUUCACAAUAUUCGGAUAUACAAUCAAAGAUUACCGGAUGGUCCAGCACAAAAGGAUGACAUUCUCGUGGUAUAAAAUGAAUGAAAUUGUUCAUUCGCAAAAACAUCGAAGUGCCUUUUGGAUCGAGCAACGAUCAGCAUGAAACAUUCCACGAAUUCCACAUUUUACUCUUACCUUCUUCUCGCCUGCCUCUUCUUCGUUUUCCAAUCUACAACCGUGUCUCACAUUUCCACUUUGUGAUUGCAAUUUUAAUCGUUUACAGUGUAAAUUCAUCAAUAAUGGAAGAUUCUCGUUAAUUUUUAAUUAUAUCGUUGUUAUAAAGUUUUGUAAA